GAGGGGGAGUAGAAAUGCCCCUGCCGGCGGAAUGUGAGUGGAGAGGAGCGAUGACUGGGUCGGGCUUGAGAUCGCACCGGAACUGUCGUAUAUGUGGAUAGAACGCAUCUGGAACCACAUUAGGGGGGAAGAUGGAUGGGAAGAUAUCGCAGAAGGAAAGGUGGAAUCGGUUGGGACGGUCGUCUUGUCGGAACAGGGAUGGCAUCUUAUCUGCACCACGCUAGCGGCAAGGCAAAAUCCGAUGUGGCUUCUGGAGGGAGCAGAGGCGAGGACUCGGAAGGCGGGUGAGAGGUUUGCCAAUAAGGGAUGGGAUGAGGUCCACAGUAAGGUCGUAAUGGGAGGAUGGAAAGAAUUUAGGCCUCCCUGCCUGCGAAAGAGGAUCUGGGUCCCUCAGUUCGUAGUGGACUGGUUUGGGGGUUUUGAUCAUGUUGCGGAAGUGGCUAGCACUAUGGAACGGGUACACAUAGACUAUACAUGGCUGUCAGAGGAGUUUUAUAAAACAUCACUGAAGUACGGGCCUUUCCAUAGCGAUAGAGCUUGGGAGGUCCUCAUCAUCCUGAAUAUGGAUAGGUACGACCAAUUAGAGGUAGCUCCGGAAAUUAGGGAAGCUAUAAUCCGCCGGGAGGUAGCGGCGACACCUUGCUAUGUGGAUGAUGUGUUUAAGCUGUUCGAGGGGACCGCUAAUCAACAAAUGGCGAUGACACGCGCAUGGAUAUCGCAACGGCCCACGCAUCCUCGACCACCCACGGAAAGUGGAGGCGGAUGGGAGGUAUCGCUCCCGGCAAGCUACAUGGUCCGAGGAAUUGACACUGAAUGGAGAGCCGUGACCUUGGGAAGGGACCAGACGUUCAUGAUGGUAGAGUGCUUGUGGAGUGGGAUGAGGUUCGAUAGGGGACCAGGGGACGACCUGUAUACCGACCUGAAGGCCGAGGAAAAGCAGAGGGAUAACAAGGAAGGAGAAAGGACCAGUACGGUCGGUGAAGCGGGGAGCUUCGAAGGGGGUCUGAAGAGGAUAGUAGCCACCCUCACCCCGGCUCUGAAUAAGAAUCAGGGGUAUCUUGCAGACGCCAAAAAGAAACUUACCUUUGACGGGGCAAACAUUACGGAGUUCCUGAUAGAUUAUGAGAACCUAGCAGCCUUGCUGAAAUGGACUGAGGAAGAAAAGAUGGAUCACUUAGGACAGCACGUGUCGCUGAGCUUAGGAAGGGACAUUAUGGCUAUUGUCGCCUCUAGUGGAUCCUGGAAAGAGACCCGCAACGAGAUGAUGAGAAAGUACCUGAAUGCAGAAAAAAUGGCAACAGAAGCCGAGUUGGCAGCAGUCCAAAGGAAGAACUAUGCGACUUACAACGACUUCCUAAGGGCGUUUACUCUAGUGGCACUACGAAUUCCUGGGGUAACAGACCGUAUAAUGAGUAAGGACUUCCUCAGGCAGUUCUCCGAGUUCGACAAGGAUAAAAUCUUGCAUUACCUAUUCGGAAGAAGGUUUAUUCUGAGAUUCGAUCCGACAAACGUCAUUGGGGCAUUGAGGAACUACAAGCCUAUAGACCCGACCGUUGGGAGAUGGAUAGGCUUUAUAUGGCAAUUCGACUACAAGGUCGAGCGAAUUGCGGGACUCCGAAACAGGGCAGAUGGGCUACGUCGGGUUUGCAUCACGCCGGAGGGAGUACAGGAUGCGGAGCCAAUUGACGGCUUCCUGGAGUACGAAGGGGGGACCCUUGUCAUAGACAACGAGAUGGCAGGCGUCGCUCCUACAAUGGAUCAACUGUUGAUUCAGACCCUGGAAAAGGGCGCGCCCGCCAUAGUUGCGGAACUCUGGGAAGGGCCAGUCACCACGAUUAUACGCAAGGAUGAGAAGGAUUCGUGGGGAGCAACGAUCGGACCGAAAGAGGAGCUGAUGGCAAUGGUCGUUGAAGGGGGUCGGGAUGCUGUGAUGAGUCCAGUAGAAACUUGGACGCAAAGGGAGCGACAGUAUCUAGUGAAUCAGGCUCAGGAGGAGCAAGACACUGAUCAGAACGGGCGAUAAUUUUUCCUUAUACAGAUGUAUGAUGACAUCUUUAGGGAAAUCGGCAUGCUGCUUAUAGGAAACAAACAACCUAUGGAAGU